AUGCCUCUUCGUGUCACUUACAACCGCGACUGCGACGCCAACUUCCAGCGCGUCUAUGGUACUGCAUUCGCUGCCUGGGCCGCUGUCACCGCCAACGCGACACACCACGGCAUCACCUUUGACCAGGCCGAGGUUCUCAACGGCCUCCACCCGACCACCAGCCCCGCGGACCCGGACACGACGCCGCACGUGACGGUGCGCCUGACCAACGCGACGCUGCGGGCGCAGAGCUCGUGGUACGUGCUGCACUGGCGGCCCAACGGCGGGUCGGUGGUGCUGCCGCGGGCCGACAACAAGGCGGCCAACGACAAGCGCCGCGCCGACCGCCGCGCCAAGAAGCUCCGCCAGCGCCAGCGCAAGGAGGAGGACAAGAAGAAGAAGGACGGCGAUGGCAAGGGCGGUGGUGGUGCGUCGACCACUACUACCACGACCAAGAAGGCGGUGGGGAAGAAGCGAGUACUAGUGCCUCUGAGUGCUACUGGUAGUGCCAUAGGAAUUUGA